AUGUUGGGCUCGGUGCUGCUCUGCUGCUGGUCCUUCAGUCUGCUCAGACUCUCCUCAUCUCUGGUUCAUGGAAACAUCCAGCUGGAUGAAGCUCCAGGUGCUGGCCGCCGCCCCGACGCCUCCUACCUGUCCGACAUGGAGAGAGGCCACGCCCCUGACCCCGCACUCCUACCUGAGGACUCUGUGGAGGAUCACUUCCUGUUGGACGGAGGCCCCUAUGAUGAGGAUGCAUCUGCAGCGCUGCAGCUGCAGGGUCGGUCCAUGCGUUCUCCUCGGCGCUGCAUUCCUCACCAGCAGUCCUGUCUGGGAUACCCGCUGCCCUGCUGUGACCCCUGUGACACCUGCUACUGCCGCUUCUUCAAUGCCAUCUGCUACUGCCGCAGAGUCGGACACGCCUGCCCGCCCAGACGCACCUGA